AUGUCGAGCCCACCUUUCAAAGUCAAGGCAGUUUAUGAAUACACGUCUCCGCACGAGGAUGAUCUCCAUUUCCCACUAGGGCAGAUAAUUACAGUUACGGAGGAGGAAGAUGAAGACUGGUAUGCUGGGGAGUACGUGGAUGCUUCGGGAGUAAAGCAGGAGGGUAUUUUCCCAAGGAACUUUGUGGAGAAAUUCGAGCCUACGGCACCUCCAAGACCUACUCGUACAAAUCGCCCGAAAAAAGAGGCAGAGCCAGCGCGAGAACCUUCGCCAGCACCACCUCCGCCAGUUGAAGUAGCGCAAGAGGAAGAUGCCCAUAGUGACCCGGAACCAAUUCACGAAGCUCCAGCUGCUCGAGAGCCACCACCUCCAGCUCGAAAGCAGGAAAUCGUAGCUCCUCCUCCUCAACCACGAGCUGUGUCGCCAGCCCCGCAACCUGCCGUUUCGAAACCAGCCCCCCCGAAGGCAGCUGCUCCCCCACCUGUAAAUGACAAGCCUACCGGAAACUCGUUCAAGGAUCGAAUUGCUGCUUUCAAUAAAGCUACACCACCUCCAGCCCCGUUUAAGCCAGGCGGACUCGGUGGAGGGGGAUCUAGCAACUUUAUCAAGAAGCCUUUCGUGGCACCUCCGCCAAGCAAAAAUGCCUACGUACCAUCAGUUCCUCGCGAACCAGUCCAACAGCCAAUAUACAGACGAGAGGAAGACCCAGAAAUUGCGGAGAGAGAAUCUGAAAAUCAGGCGCUGGCGGAAAGAGCGGGAUUGGCUCCUGCAGGCAACGAUGAGGAAGGUGAAGACCAGCCGAAACCUACGAGCUUGAAAGAGCGGAUUGCUCUUCUUCAAAAGCAACAAAUGGAACAGGCUGCGCGACAUGCGGAUGCUGCCCAGAAGAAAGAAAAACCGAAGAAGCCAGCGAAGAAGCGCACCGACCCUCAGCAUGCCCCAGACGGAAUGGAAGAAGGAGACGGUGCUGCGCUUGAGAGAACCGGCACGGAGGAGACGAUUGGCAAACCUUCAAUGGACUCGACCGGGGAGGAUAUACCCCCACCAAGAAGACGUAAAUCAUCCAGAGGGGCGCCAACAACUCCAAGCUUGCAGCCACGAAAGUCGUUUGGUGAUGGAAAUGAGGCAGAUGUCUCUGGAGCUGGUGAUACUAAUGAAGAACCCGAGGAGAUAUCCACUGGAAAAGAUGACAGUGAUGAGAAGCCGAGAGCGCGUCCGCCUCAACCGCCAUCCCGUGCUCCUACAGCCCCAGUUCGUGAACCUGACGUUGGCGAGGAAGAGGGUGCUGCAAAGGAAUCUGAAGAGGAGCGAGACGAUGACGAGGAUGAAGAAGAAGAGGAAGAGAUGGACCCUGAAGCUCGCCGAAAAGAAGAGCUCAGGGCACGUAUGGCCAAGAUGAGUGGUGGAAUGGGUAUGCAUGGCAUGUUCGGUCCUCCCGCCGGUAUGGGCAUGGGGAUGCCAACACCACCACCAAAGAAGAAGAAGUCUACUGGUACAAGCGAACAGCCUCGGGCAGGGGAAUACGGAUAUGACGAUGCAGCAGCGAAUACAAGUGCUCCUCCUGUACCAAUGAUACCCAUGCCGGGAAUGCAACGAGUUCAGAGUCCAGAGCAAGAAGAAGAACGUGCCCCAAUAACUUCUACAAGACCAGCCGAUGAAGUUCCUGAUCUCGAGGAUGUCGUCCCAGACCAGAGCCGCGGUCCUCCACCUCCAGUCCCUUCUUCUGAGAGUGGCGGUGCACCACCUAUUCCCGGGGGGAGACCAGCUCCUCCACCGGUACCAACAGAAUCUCGCCCCACUGCAAUAAGAUCUCCAAGUCCUGGUUCAGAAUCAGACGACGAGAUGUCUUCCGGCGCCCAAAGAGCACCAUUAGCGACACCCAGAGCAGAGGCACCUCGCGCGCCACCUCGGCCUCUGGAUACGCAGCUCUCGCCAAGAUCUCCAACUUCCAAAAGAGCUUCAUAUUUCGCAGACGAGUCUUCCCCAAUCUCUCCAAUUAGUCAAAGUGGAAAAGAAAGACGUGGUAGCAGAGUUCCUCCAAUUCCUGGAAAUCCAAGUGUACCACAAAAUCGAGCGCCUCCGCCACCCCCAGCAAACGCUCCCCUCAGUCGUGCUUCAACUGGUGAUCACCGCCCAGUAUCUUCUCCAAGAAUGCAACCUAGGGAUGAGAGUGAGGAGGAAGUCACUGAGUAUGAAGGAGAUUAUGAUACCGACAUUGCUUCUACGGCCACACACAAAGACGCUUUGAAAGCUCAUUCCAGAGAGCCCAACACUGACGAUGACAAUUCAAUUCGGUCCCCAGUCCCAGCAGCUGCACCUCCUCCUCUUCCACCUCCAACUGCACCCAGGGCAGUACCUCCCCCUUUACCUACACAACCUCCACCACCACCUACCAGACAGUCGGUCGACGUUCCUAGAGCUGCACCACCUCCACCGCCUCCCUCUAAAGCUCCUGCGCCGUGGGAACCGGAAGAUAAUGAAUACGACCCCUUCAAAUAUUCCGCUCCAAAGCAAGCGCCGCCUCCUGUCAGACAACAAAGCUAUCUCAGUGGAGUUGAUAUUCCCUCUCCAAAAAUUACUCAGAACGAUGAGGACUUAUAUUCUGCUUCUCCACCACGAUCGCAUGCUAUGCCUAGUAUGCCUCCUAGUAUGCCACCAAGUCUACCACCUAGCAUGCCACCUCAAGAUAGAGCGGCGCCCCCUCCACCUCCUCGAGAUGGGAGGAGUAGUAUGCAACUUCCCGCUCGUGCUCCUCCACGACAGUCUCUUGAUGUGAAGCGCUCUGCAACUUCUUCUCGCAGAUCUGUUGAACUCGGUAGAAUGUCAAUGGAUUCUGGUUUUGUAGCAAAUGAUAUUGAUCUUGGUCGGGCUUCUUACUGGUGGACCCAACCAAAGAGUAUUCCUCCUGCCUUGCAGAGCAGGAGAGAUUUUUUGCACGAGCUUGAGGAAACAAGCUCGGAUCAAGAUGGCAAGACCAUAAUUACUAAGGAACUUUUCGUCCUUUACCAAGAUUAUUCGCAGACUAUUAUCACUGCCGUAUUUGACGCACAAGACCCCGCGAGUGUCGAUCUUCAACAACGCCAUGAGCAGCCACCAGCUCGACUUAGACAAGAUCAAUUAGAGCAGGCACAUGAUCAGUUUGGGCGACGUAUUCAUGAUGCUGUGACUUCAAAGCAAAACGCCGUCGUAGGAGAUGGCACUCCCCACGGUCUCAUCCAAGAACUUCUUAGACCCUUCACAAAUGCUCUUCUCCCAGUUGGCAAUCGUGCCUAUGGCGCAGUUGUGUAUAGCAAUUUAGCCAACGCCUCGACCCAACAAAACGAUGAGAUCCGCCCUGGAGAUAUCAUCACCCUCCGCAACACCAAGUUCCAAGGUAAACACGGCCCUAUGCAUGCCAAAUACAGUAUGGAGGUCGGGAAGCCGGAUCACGUUGGUGUGGUAUCCGAGUGGGAUGGCACGAAGAAGAAGGUAAGGGCUUGGGAACAAGGUAGGGAGAGCAAGAAGGUUAAGCUUGAGAGCUUUAAGCUUGAUGAUUUGAGGAGUGGGGAGGUGAAGAUUUGGAGGGUUAUGCCGAGGAGUUGGGUGGGGUGGCAGGGUCAGAAUUAG